AUGGCGCAAGAUGGUGGUUAUAUUUAUAGUAAUCAUGGUAUUACUUCUACUACUAAUACUAAUGCCAAUACUGAUACGAACACUAAUACUGCUACUUCACGUGUUAUCCAUAUUUUGGGCUAUGAAUAUCAACGUGAUUUGGUUAUUGCCAGGGUAUUUUAUAUCUUUUAUUUUGCCUCGUUUGGUUCAUUAUUCCCCUUGUUGGCUAUUUAUUUCAAGCAACUAGGAAUGAAUGCUUCACAAGCGGGUAUUUUACUCGGUACACGACCAUUGGUUGAAUUUGCUGCACGUCCGUUUUGGAGCAGUUUUGCAAAUAAAUUCAGGAAGGGAAAACUACUCCUGGAGUUUUCUUUGGCGUCAUUUAUCGUAUCAACGUUAGCGAUUGGAUUUGUCCAACCGUUGACACCGUAUUGUGUGGUGAAACCCAUAAAUGUAACUACAAAAUGUUUCUAUCUUGAACCAGCUGGACAAAUCAUUCAAGGUGGUGCAUUAGGUUAUUUGAAAAAAGCGACCGAAAUUGGCCGAAAAAAACGGGAUACCUCUCCUAUUCUUGAGACAAUCAUUGAUCUGAGCUCUUACAACAAGGAAGAUGAUGUUGUACCGGGUCUUUCACCACUUGCUUUAACAAAAGAUAAGGUAUGUAAUUAUGAUGAAGAUUUAUAUGGUGUUUUAGUUAGUCCACCUCACAGUACACGAGUUUAUCGUAAACCAGCCGUAGAACAAGUUUUCCUUCUCCUACUACUGCUUGUCAUUUUGGGAGAAUUUUUCAGUUCACCGAGUCUUGCUUUAGCAGAUAGCGUUACAUUAACUUAUGUAUCCGAUAAUCCAAAACAGUUUGGUAUAAUUCGGCUUUUCGGAAGCUUUGGAUGGGGUUUGGCAAUGUUUAUUAUGGGCAUCGGUUUGGAUUAUUCGGAAACUUUCCGGAAUCAUCCAUGUCCGACGAAGAAUACCACCGAAAAGAACUACACAUUAUGCUUUAUCGCAUAUUCACUAUUUAUGUUGCUGCAAUGCUUAUUGUUUCGUUUUGGUAAUGAACAACGUCCGGAUGAAGCAGCUUGUACGGUAAUCGAAACGCGAAUUGAUGAAAUUGCUCCAGCAGUAGCAGAAAAAGCUCGAGUAAGACAAUUACAGUUGGACCAUUCGGAAGGUAAUGCACAAUGGAUUCCAACUAUCAAAGCACUGUUUCGUGGCCAUGCGGCAUUUUAUUUGUUAGCCGUUACGACAAUUGGUUUUGGUGCUGGAAUUAUUUUUGCUUUCCUCUUUUGGCAUUUGCAGGACUUUGGUGGUUCGCCAAUUUUGUUCGGUUUUGCAUCGGUAGUGAAUCAUGGAACCGAAAUUGCAGCCCAUUUUUACUGCUUUCAAUUGAUCAAUAAAUUUGGCCACAUCAAGCUAAUAAAUAUUUGCCUAUUAGCUAAUGUAAUUCGUUUCUUCAUAAUUAGCUUACUCACAAAUCCAUGGAUGGUACUUCCGUUGCAAGCAUUACAAGGUUUAACUUUAGCAACAACUUGGGCAUCGGCAUCGUCAUACAUUUCACUCAUUGCACCAUCACAAUUGAAGCGAACGGCACAAACUUUGCUAAUGCUUUUAUAUCAUGGUAUUGGAAAAGGAUUUGGAAGUAUUAUUGGCGGUUGUAUAAUUAAAUCUGCCGGCACACGGCUAACAUUUCAGAUUUAUUCGAUAAUUGCAGUAAUCAUACUGAGUAUACAUUACGGAAUGAAUCGAUUAUUCAAAUAUGACGAUAUUAAAUACAGUCAUGAAUUUGAUGAUGAUGAUGAUAUGCCUGUUGCACCUCAAGGAUUACCAUUACAUCAUGGUGAAAGUAAACUAACUGAUGCUUUCAAUCAAACAUCUGUUAUAAAUGCAAAUUAUGGUACCAUCGAAACCAAAGAUCCAACCCAAGAAGCAUAUGAUCGUUACGUCAAGUUACCACCCGUGAACAAUAUGUAA